GAGUCCUCCUCCGAAGUCCCGCGCUCCGCGCGCGUGGCCGGCCUGGCGACCUCCAGGAGCUUUACCGGCUCCGAGCGCCGUCCCUUGGUGUCGGCAGAUCCAGAGCACUGGGUGGUACCGCUGACACCGCCAAGAGGUGCAACCGGCGAAGACAACGCUUCUGAAUGCGCCAACAAGGCAGCUGAGGUGCCCGAUCCCAGCGCGUUUAGCGCCGCGGCAACGCCGGUCUUCAUCGUUCUUGCAAGUGAUGGAGUGUGGGAUGUCCUGGAAGACCAGCUGGUCGUCGACUUGGUGUGGGACUUCCUCGGAUCCGUGCAGGAUCCACAGCGAGGCAUCGCUUCUGCUUUGCGCGAAGCCGCUGAGCUCGUCGUUCAG